AUGUCAUCAUCAUCGACGACGACGACGACGCCAAAAGAGAGGCACUACUGGGCCCAGCUCAGGCAAGCCCUCGUCGCAGGCCAAUGGCUGGCCGAGUCACCAGCCAAAGCACCCAACGGUGCAUUGUUAUCGUGGAGCGAGGCGUUUAGAAAGUUUGGGAAGCAUGGGAUUGAGGCUGCUGGUGUUGGGGCGGAGGCGAGGGAGAGGGCGAGGGAGUUUAAGGAGGUUGCGAGUCAGGUUUAUGCGCUUGCUGUUGUGCUUGCUACGACUAGUUUGAAUGAGGAUGAGGAGUACCCGCCUGGAGAGGAGGGGAGGUGGUUUGGGUUGGAGGUUGGAGAGGAGUGUGUUGUUCCUGAUGGCAGGAGGGAGGAGGUCAUACAUGGGUAUGAGGUUUUGAAGGGGUUGGAAAGGAAUGAGGAGGUCAGGCACGCGUUGGUGUACUAUGCGUAUGCCUUGGGACGACCGGAAGAGUGCCUGCAGCAUCUAGAGAGAUGGGUUGUUCCUGAGGAAGUGGAACCGUCUCUACCCUUGUUACCUACGCCUACGACCGGUCUGGCGGAUGGGAUCACUCCAAAGGAAAGAGGAGUUGAGGAGGGUUUGGAGGUUAGGAUGACGAAGAUGAAAGUGAGGGAGGUGCGUGAGGGUCCGGAGGGUGUGGCUAGUCAGGAUCGGGGCUGGGUGGAGGUGUUUGCGUGGGUUGCGGAGCAGAAGUUGGGUCGUGGUAUUUCGGGCUCGCAGUCGAUUGCUAGUACGACUGGUGGGACGGGUGGUGUACAGGGCUCGGGGACGGGCUCGGGCUUGGGGCAUGCGGCAGGGAGGGCGCCGAGUGUGUUGGUGAAGAGACAGUCGUUUGAUGGUGCUGUUUCGCAGAUUUCGGUUACGGCGCUUCAUGCGACUACUGCGCGGGUUUCGAAUGGGGAGGGUGUGGUGAGGGAGGAGGUAUCUAUUAGGAGGACGAGUGUCAUUUCUGUGGGGAGCACGGCGGAAGGAGGGGCGAGGAGUGUGCAGGGCCGCACAGAGGAGGGAAGAGGGGUGCAGGGGGAAGAGGAUGAUGGGUUCUUGCAUGUCCCCGCUGCUGGUAUUGGCAUCACGAUUUCCCCUGCGUCGCCUGUUGAACCUGAACAUGCCGAGGAGAAGGGACUUGGAGGGAGGAAGCGGAGCUCGAGUAGCGUCGAUCGCGAGUUUGGCGGACGUGAUGGCAACACGAGCGGGAACGAUACCAGUAAAUCCAAGAAGAUGCAGCAGAAGCUUAAAUCCCAUGUUCACAAGUCGUCGGCUCGGAUUUCUGCUGUUGGGAAGAGGAUUGGACAUGGGGUUGGUGAGGUGGUGAAUACGGCUAGUGGGAAUGCGUUGGGUGUUGUUGGGUUGAGUGGGAGGAUUAGGCGGAGUAGUUCUGCGCCUGAUUUUCACAAGGUGUUGCAGCAGCAGACGGUUGGGGGGUUGUAUCAGGCGAGUAGUAUUCAUUCGAGGAAGAGGGUUUUGGCGCCUAGUGUGGGGAGUAGGGAUGGUGCGCUUAGUCCUGGUGGUGGUGUGGGUACGUUUACGCCUGAUCUUCCUGGUACACCGAUGGGAGCUGGCGGUGUGGGUGCGAUUUUGGUUGUACCUGCACCUGGUGCUGGGGCUGGAGUUGGGGGUGUGACUGGAGCUGGUGCUGCGGGUGCGGGUGCGGCUGGAGGAGGUGGGGUAGGAGCUACUGUGGAUGUGAAGAAGGAGAGGGAGAAUCGGUUGAUGAGUGACUUGUGGCUUAUGAGCGCUGCUACAUUCCGGAGGCUUGGGAAAAUUGAUGCGGCCAAGGGUGCUAUACAGGAAGCUGAAGUUCGGGAUGAGCAUAAUACUGGUGUAUGGGUCCAGUUGGCGCUGUAUUAUGUUGCGCUGGGACAUUACCAGCAUGCGAUUGCGACGUUGCAGAAGGCGUUGUUUAUUGACCCGGAUGAUGUACCUGCUAUUGUGCAUCUUGCGAGGUUGUACCUCCAGCCCCCACCGGUAUCGGGUUCGCCUUAUCAUCGUUCUCAACAGUCUCAGCCUCAGACUACCUCGUCGGGUCAGGAAGCGAGCGAUGCUAAAUCCGUAAAAUCGACGAGUACAGCUCAUGAAGAACCACCGCAACCACCAUGUGCGCCUGAAGAGCCGGUCCCGUCGUCGACGGAUGUGGAUUUGGCGUGUGCGUUGCUCACUCAGUCGAGUCGGGGACGUGGAUGGGAUGUACCUGAGGUGUGGUAUUUCUUGGCCAAGGCGUACAAGUAUCAAGGGAGGAAAGAGAGGGAGGGGGAGGCGUUGAGGAGGGCUUUGGAGCUUUCUGAGGGGCGGGGCGUUAGGGAGGUUGGGGAUGCUAUUGGGUUGUGUUUGUGA